GUGAUAUGGAAACACAAGGGAGAACGUCCCUCUACGUUGGGCAACAACACUCUAAUAGUGGACUGGAUGCCACAGAAGGACCUCCUGGGCCACCCCCAGACCAGAGUCUUUGUCGCUCAUGGAGGAUCCAAUGGAGUCCAGGAGGCCAUUUACCACGGGGUCCCUGUGAUAUGGAAACACAAAGGAGAGCGUCCCUCCACGUUGGGCAACAACACUCUAAUAGUGGACUGGAUGCCACAGAAGGACCUCCUGGGCCACCCCCAGACCAGAGUCUUUGUAGCUCAUGGAGGAACCAAUGGAGUCCAGGAGGCCAUUUACCACGGGGUCCCUGUGCUCGGCAUACCCUUGUUCUUUGACCAGUAUGACAACCUUCUACGUCUGCAGGAUAGAGGAGCUGGAAAGAUUAUUGAGCUGGCUGAUGUUAAUGCCAAGACUUUUGAACAAGGUAUUAAGGAACUUCUCCAUCAAGACAGCUACAGAGAGAACAUUCAAAGAAUGUCACGUUUGCACAGAGAUCAGCCAAUGACACCAAUGGAUCAGGCUGUGUUCUGGAUAGAAUAUGUGAUGCGUCACAAAGGGGCUCCUCACCUGCGUACAGAGGCUUAUAAGAUGCCCUGGUACUCAUAUUACUGUUUAGAUGUGCUGCUCCUCUUGCUGACUGCUGUAACUGUGCUGCUGAUGUCUACUGUGGCUGUUUUGAGGUUUUUAUGUUGCAGAAGAAGAAAGAAGACAAAGUCCAAACAGAACUGACUGGGGUCAGAUUUGUUUAAAAAUAAGUUUCAGUAGGUUUUCUGAAACACUGUAUUAAUACAACAGCAUGUCCUAAAGGUGGCAUUGACAAUUCUGGACAAAUGCUAUAAACUA